GCGCUGAGACACUUGAGUCCGUGCUAGUGACGCGUUUUAUAGUUUCUCGUGGAAGACAACGGCUGACAGUCUUCUGCUGACUCACCGGCGAGUUUCCGCCUCCCUCUCGACUGGCUCCACGAGUACUAUGCUAGAGUGCAUCGAAUGCCCGAACAAACAGACUGCUCCUGCUGGAACUUCAGCAUUCUGGCGGAAGAGGUGAACUGAACAGAAAGGAGCGCGAGAGAAGGGAGGAGGAGGGGGAAAGAGGAGAUCAGAGAAGAGGAAGCACAAGGAGCAGAUCAGAGAACAGGAGAGAAGGCAAACAAGGAAAACAGCAGGAGAGCACCUGACAGUGAAGAGACGGGACGAGAGGAGAGGAGGACGGAGUAGACGACAGAAAGAGAGUAAGUCCCCAGCCGCCGUCGAAUCGUCAUAAUUGUCACGAUGACGGGAGACGUGCAUGGUGUGAGGGGGGCGGUGAGCCUCCAGGCCAUCGGCUCGUUGGCUUUUUGGUUGGCGCUGCCCCUUCUCGUCGUGACGGCAAUGAGCACACAUGGCGACAGUCGCCAUCUCGGCGACGACUAUGGAGGUUCAAGGAUUGUGCUGGCUACUGCAUCCACGACAGAAUCGAGGGGCAUUGCUGGGAGGAAGCUGGCAAUGGCCGCAGGAGGAGCAAGCGGAGGAGGAGGAGGAGGAGGAGAACUGCCAGCAGCAGGAGACUCUGCCGACGAGGCAACGGCUGAGUGUGCGGCAGAGUGGUCGGCGUCAGACUCCGAGUCAGACUCGGCGUUCGCCGACGAUCCGCGUCACUCCAAGCUUGUUUUGGCUGAGUCAACGUUGACUUCCAGUCGGUCAACGUUGACGUCCAGUCGUUCAACGUCUAGUCGGAAAGGAAGCGGCCAUGGAGGUUCCCGACAGGGGCGUCUUCUUCAAUCCACGGAAGCGGAGGAGUGGGUGAGUGCUCACAACCAAGUGAGGAGUGCGGUGGGUGUGGGAGGACUAACAUGGAGCGACACAGUGGCAAAUUCCGCGGAGUCGUGGGCGACGACGCUCAAGCAGAGCUGCGAGAUGAAGCACGCCCAGAACAGCGGCUAUGGCGAGAAUCUGUACAUGGCCUGGAGUUCUAGAUCGAUAAGCAUCAAGCCAUCGGAGGUUGUGAAGAGCUGGGCGUCCGAAAAGCAAUACUACAACUACGCGAGCAACAGCUGUGCGGGAGGCAAAGUGUGCGGCCACUACACGCAGGUUGUGUGGCAAAACACCAAGGAAGUCGGUUGCGCUAUCGUCUCCUGCAUGCGUGGCACAUCCAACGCACAGAUUGCCGUCUGCAGAUACAACCCCCCUGGCAACUAUCGUGGCCAAAAACCCUAUUGAUAUUGUCCUGUACUGCGCACCUAGCCCGAUCUUGCGUCUCUGUUCCGACUGAGUUUGUAAGGUAAGAUUAGAGUUUGCACCUAGACCGAUUUUGCGUCUCGGCAACUAUCGAGGCCCUAUUGACUGUCCUGUACUGCGCACCUAGACCGAUUUUGCGUCUCUGUUCCGACUGGUAACUAUCGAGGCCAAAAGCCCUAUCGACUGUCCUGUACUGCGCACCUAGACCGAUUUUGCGUCUCUGUUCCGACUGAGUUUGUAAUAGUAGAGUUGCCAACACCGGAGUUUUUAACACCGUAGUUACUCGUCAUCCGAUUCGAUCCUUUUUUUUCUGUUUUUUUUUUCCCCCCCUCCUUUCCGGCUGCGUUGUCUUAGCAUCAUAGACUCAGAGUCACUGGGGUGUUUAACAUCACAAUACAAGAAAAACAAAAAAAACAAAAACCAUCACAAUCG